AUGCUGCCACGAAUUAACACACUUCUUCAACAAUACGACAGUCAACGGUCGAUUUCGGAGCCUUGCUCGCCUUCAAUACGUCCACUGGCUCCAAUUAGGCCAGGAUCUUUCACAGCAAGAGAAAGUGGUGUCAUAAGACUUCCACCGCUACAAUUAGCACCAUUUCAGCGGUCUACAUCAUCACAGGUGCUUGCAACACCUGAUAGCAGUUUAAAAAGAGCUCAGUCAUGUUUCGGAUCGAUUGAGAAUUCACCACCAUCGCAGCGUAUGGCAACACCCAGUUCCAUGGCGAAGACUCCGCAGUCUGAUAGUCGCAAGGCUUUUGCUUUUAUUUCGCAUUCCCAAGAAACGUUCCCUUCCAAAGAGCCCUCUAUUGACAACGCACCAUUGGCGAGACGUAAGAGACGUAGGACGUCCAAGCGUGAACUCGAUAUCCUACAAUCUGAGUUUGAACGGUGUGCCACCCCAGAUAAGCAGACCCGUCUUCAACUUUCGGAGUCUUGCUCGAUGUCUGAAAAGGCAAUCCAGAUCUGGUUCCAAAACAAGCGUCAAAGCGUCAAAAGACAUGAGAGGAACGGCACUGUUGCUAACAGCAGUGGCCAUACCACAGAGGGUGACGAAUCUGCAGAUUCUCACUCGCCGGUCAUUGCUAAUUCGUUGACACCGGUGAGCGUCAAAAGUUCGAACUCAGCUGGACUAAUCAGUAAUCCUAAAACUCCUCCUCUGGCAGUCUUAGACACUUCUAACAUAGUGCUGGACACUGUCAUUCCGCAAAGCGACUCAACCCCCACAAAGCCCUUGGUUUACAAUAAUCAACAUUCAAAACGUGGACAAGCGCUGACGUUUCGUUUGAAGACUGACAACAAGACAUUGACGCCCAUAAAGACGUCUCCAAACAACAGAGUAAAUAAGCUGAUCAACGGGCAUAACAAAAGGUCGCCUACGAGCACCAAAGGGCUUACACACAAACCCCACGCUACGCCACUACGAAGUUUGGACAUAAAUGCAAUCAGGUAUUGA